AUGACGGCUGCACGCAGCGUAGGAUCUCCUAGCCGUCAAGGCGAAUUGAUCGAGGUCGUUGACCUGGAUCAUGGCUCAGGGGCGUCAGGUUUCGUGGGCAAAAUGUCCGAAAUGUCAUGGAUCCGGCGGGGGUUUGAGUGCGUCCGCGCUGAAGAAGGUCACAUCCGUCCGGAUGUUGGCUUUUCAGAAAUCAUUCACCACCUAACCACAGCGCCAGACUACAGUUAUUUCAUGGACAAUACGGAUGUGCUGGCUGUGGACGAAGACCACGUGGAGCAGUACGAAUGGCCCCCUGGCGACUCAGCCUUGAUCCUGGCCGAGGCAUACUUUCACGCAUUACAAGGUGCCUUCCAAUUCAUUCUCCGCGAUCAAUUUCUCGCGACACUGGUCAGCUUCCCUCGUCAAACGAUGCCCUCGUGGGGUCAACGGCGUUGGUUGGCAAUGGCGAAUCUGGUGUGGGCUGUCGGGUCUCUAUGGCUACAGAUGACAAGACUGGACAACUCAGAGAAGAUCGACACCCAUCUGCUGUACUAUGCUCGGGCCCGCGCCCUCGGCAUCGACCAUAGGAUCUUGUUUGAUCAUCCGGACAUUGAACGGGUACAGGCAAUCGGUCUACUUGCCUUCUAUCUCCUGGUCAACGGAUCGGUGACAAGGGCUUGGAAUACUUUGGGCCCCGCUAUCCGUCAUGCGACAGCACUCGGCCUGCAUUUGAAAGUUUCAGAUCCCAGUCUCGCCGAGUGGGAUCGAGAACGCCGAGGCCGAACUUGGCAUUCCUUGUACAGCUUGGAGAUCCUGCUAUGCGAGAUCCUUGGACGUCCAAAGGCCAUUUCUUUGGGUGACGUGACCAUCCCGGUCACGCUGUCCGAUUCAUCACAUGCAGGAGAACAGCCCAAAUCUCCACAUGCCCGCGAGUUCAAUCUUUCCGAGAAAUCGAGGAUGCUCUGGCUCGACUUUUUAAGGGCCGGCCGGAACAUUCCACAGGGUAUGGGGGGCGGAGCGCUACCAUGGAAGAGUCUUGCAUCUGUGGGACAUGAUAUCUUACCUGCAUAUCUUCCUCAGCGACUACGACUCUGUCGGCUCAGUGACAAAAUCGCAGCUCAACUGUACAGUGGGACAUCGGAGGAUUCGUGGUCUGAAACACAACGAAAGAUUGGCCAGUUACAGACAGAUUUGAGCAGGUGGGCUGACAAACUCCCCGACGAGCUGGCCAUGCAGAGCUCGGUAUCUCUGGACACAGAUCCGCGGGUCAAGAUCGAAUUGGCCUUGUAUUAUCACAGCCUACAGAUGAUUUUGUAUCGGCCGUGUCUGUGUGAGGUAAUGAUUGAAAACGAAUCUGUCCGAUCGCAAGAGUUCAACCGAAGUGCUGCGAGAGCGUGUGUGCACGCAGCUAUGUCGAUGUUGUCCAUGAUCCCCGACAAUCCUAGCGCUCAUGAAGCAUACCAGCUUCUCCCGUGGUGGGCCCUACUUCAUUACGUGGCGCAGGCGACGGCGGUGUUGUUGUUGGAAAUGUCGGUUAAUGCACCACACUUCAGCAACGAGGUCGAGGAGUUGACCACCCACUUGCGUAAAGCGAUGGCAUACUUGUGGUGCAUGACUGAAGGCUCCCUUUCGGCCUACCGGGCUUGGAGGAUCUUCCGGCAAUUGCUGUCAGAAGUGACCAACAAGUAUAGUGGUCUGGGCCUGGAGGAUAUACCGGAACACGCACCACAACCCCACGGCUGGCGCGAAGAGCAUGAGAUGGACAUUAGGAGGGCUUUCGGUUGA